AUGAAUGAGGAUCCAGAUCGACCACAACCAUCGACCUCGCUGAGAAAUGAUGAAAUUGUUUACCUUCUCGACAUUCCCUACGGCAGUGAUGAUGAGUGUGAUGAGGUUAUCGAUGAAGACAAUAUUACAGAUGACCAGAUCUUCGCUCGGUUGGAUGAGAUUCUCGAUGACCGUAAUGAUGAACUUCAGCAACAAAGAUCAAUAGGAGGGAUAGGAUCCCCAAUAUUCCAUUUACUGAUAAAAAAGAAGGAAGAAAAGAGUCAAGAGGAACUUCAGUGGAGUUUCACUACUAAUGUCAACGACACCAAAUUGUCCAUGGUUUCAUGGAGGGACAAUGAUUCAGUGAUGUUAGGAUCAACUCUGUGUGGUGUAGUCCCAAUGGAAAGUAUCAAGCGAUACGAUCGAAAAGUCAAAAAGUACAUUGAUGUUCCAUGCCCACAAAUUGUCAAGGUAUACAAUAAGCACAUGGGAGGAGUGGACCUCAUGGACUCUCACAUAGGACGACACCAUAUUCGACUUAGGAGUAGAAAGUGGUAUUUCCGAAUGUUCUACCAUAUGGUGGAUAUGGCUGUAGUAAAUGCAUGGAUAUUGCAUUCGACUCUUUCCGAGACUAGGGGAAUGACUCAAAAAGAGUUCAGAAACUGA